AUGGCCACCACAGCUCCAUGUGCAAAUAGUCCUCGUCUCAAUCCACAAUUCGCGAGGACUGCCGCCAACGGACGGACAUCUGAAUUGAAGACCGGUAUUCUACAGCUCAUCUGUGCAAGUCCUUUCGCCAGAUUUGACCAUGAAGACCCAUACACACACCUGACUCGAUUCUAUGAGUUAGCGGGUACUACAGGUGUAGCCCAAGCUGAUGAAGAGACAUUGUUCAAAAGGUUGUUCCAAUAUUCUUUGCUAUCAAAGGCUAAAGAUUGGUAUCUAGAUCAACCUGAAGCAGUAAUGACUGAUUGGAAUACUCUGGAAGAAAAAUUCUUGGAACGAUUUUACUCUCAAAACCGGUUCUUUGACGCAAAGACAACAAUUGCGGUAUUCUCUCAAGGUAGUAAUGAAUCAUUGAAUGAAGCUUGGGAAAGAUAUAAAGCUAUGCUGAGGAAAUUCAAGGGACACGGAUUUGCAGAAGUUGAUCAAAUUCACAUGUUCCGUAACGGUCUUACACCUACAAAUAAGACACUUUUGGACGCCACAACUGGUGGCUCAUUAAUGUCCAAAACAACUGCUGAAGCAAUUCAAAUAAUUGAGAGAAUAGCCCUAAAUGACCGACAGGAGCUUAAUGGAGUCUCAAAUUCCUACCAAGUUGCUAAGUGUGAGUUAUGCAAAGGAGAUCAUCAAACCGGAUUUUGCCCACCAGUCUUGGCAGAAGAAGUGAACUACAUGAACAACAACCAAGGACAAAGGCAAAAUCAGUACCCAAAUCUUCUGUCGUAUCAACAGAGUUAUCCUCCAAGGAAUAACAAUCAAGGUUAUCAACAAAGACCUAACAAUCAAGGUUACCAACAGCAAACAUUUCAACCUUACACUCAACCGUCACCACAACAACAAGGAGGACCGUCUAAGUUGGAAGAAACUAUGACGCAAUUCAUGCAGAUGUCAAUGACAAACCAGAAAAACCAAGAUGCAGCAAUCAAAAAUUUGGAAACUCAAGUGGGGCAACUUGCAAAACAAAUUGCAGCUAAUCAGUCGAAUGCGACAUUCUCCGCCAACACUCAAGAGAAUCCGAAAGAACAUUGCAAAGCAGUGGUAACUAGAAUUGGUCAGAAAGGUGGUGAGGAGGAAAUUGAAGCCAAUGGUACUGAGAAGGAAGAUGAUGACCGUGCUGCGGAAUAUGAGGAUAAUGAAAUCAUUGUAGGUGAGAUGAAUAAAGAUGAAGAGAGAGAAACAGAUGAGACCAAGAAGGGAAGUGAGAGGAUGGAGAAAAGGAAAAGUGCUAAGAAAAAGAUGUCAGAUAAUGUGAUACCAAGUCAACAUCUACAAUAUCCCCAGGCUCCAUCAAAGAAGGACAAUGCCAGGCAAUACGCCAGGUUUAUGAGCAUAUUUAAACAACUUCACAUAAACAUCCCAUUUGCCGAAGCAUUGGAGCAAAUGCCCAAGUAUGCUAAAUUCAUGAAGAACAUGCUCACAAAUAAAAAGGGAUACACAGAUGAGGAGACCGUGUUGCUUGAUGCCCAGUGUAGUGCCGUAAUCCAAAGAACUACUCCAAGAAAGGAAUCCGAUCCGGGACGAGUCACUUUGCCAUUAAACAUUGAAGGUAACUUCACUGGUGAUGGGUUGAUUGAUCUGGGGUCUAGCAUCAACUUAAUUCCUUUAUCCAUUGUCAAGAAACUAGGAAAUAUUGUGAUGAAGCCUACUAGGAUGACAUUGCAAUUAGCCGACAAGUCUAUCACUUCACCAUAUGGAGUGGUUCAAGAUUUGCUAGUAUAA